ACCGCGGCGGGGGGGCCGGGCGGGGCCAGCGGCGGCGGCUCCUUAACGCUGCCCGUGUGCCCGCAGGGUGAUGACGGCCCGCGCCUGCAGCCACCGCGCCGCGACGGGGGACGGCGCCAAGAGCUUCGUGGUGCUGCUGGCGGCCGUGCUGGGCGGGCUGCGAGCGGCGGGCGGCAGCGCCGGGCUGCGGCGGGCGCUGCGGGCCUUCGAGACUCAGGUGCUGGAGCGGGCGGUGGCGCGGGGGCUGCGGCGGCACUGGCGGGCGGCGCCGCCCGGGCUCCCGGAGGCGCUGCUGGAGGCGCUGCUGGAGCCGUACCUGGCCGGCCGGCUGGGCUCCGGCGAGCGGCGGCGCCUGGCGCGGCUCUGCGCCGAGCUGUGCCGCCGCUGCGCCCCGGCAGCCGCCGCCCGCCCUGAGGCGCUGCGGGUCCUCGGGCGGCGCUUCGCGGCCCUGCACGCCGCGGUGCCCGGCCUGCCCCUGGCCAGCUCCACCGUCCUGCCCGGCAUCGUUCUUAGCAGGGACUUCGCUGCUUACUGUCCGGCCGAAGGGGAGCUGCGGGCCGUGCUGGUCACCGAGCCCCUGCGGCCCGCCCUGACGGCCCCCGGCGUCGAGUUUGUUGUCGACUCCGAGGGUCAGUAUCAGGCUUCCCUGCGCUGGAUCACAAGGAGGACGGAAGCCUUAGUGAAACACUUGCAGAGCAACAACGUUAAGCUGUUACUGUCGAGCACGAAGCAAGACGAAGUAGUUAUCUACUAUGCCAAGCUAUACGGUGUUUCUGUUGUAGAGUGUUUAUUGUCAGAAGAAAUGGCCCUAAUCAGUGAAAUCACCGGUGUCUCGCCUUAUGCACCUUUUGGUGAUAACAUGUACAGGAAAAUCACUGAAACUGCGGUGGCAUCGUUUUGCCAGCCCUUGCUGCUAGGCUCCAAGAGGUGCGUCCACGUUGGCUUCGCCAGUGUGUGUGCCUUCCAGCCCCAUUGCCUGAUCCUUUGUGGGCCAGUCGAUGGGGUCAAUGAGCAACAUGCUGCUGCUUUACAAGAGGCCUUCACAAUGUUGCAGCAGCUGUUUAAAACAGUUGAUCAGAAGGAGGAAUGCAAAGCGAAAGGUGAAAGCCAGAACAAAGCUUCAGAUGUUUGCAGUUGGCAUUCUUUACCUAGUCAGAAACAAAUCAUAGUAGAAAAUAUUUCUUGUAAUAGUGGCCAGGUUUCUGAAUGUCAGCUGAAAGCGCUUAGUGAUGAAACAGAGGCAAAAAUUUUAGACUCUGAUAAGAGUAGUUCACCGGUGGACAAGCAAAAGAGCUACAGCAGUGCUGUGUUAGCGGCAUGUAACACUGAUGGAGUGAUGGCGUGUGAGCUCCUGGAUGUUGGCAAAGGUCUAGAGAAAACACAUUGCAGUAUAGUUCCAUUUAAAGAGGAAGAAAGUUGUGUAAGUAUUGCACAGGAUCAUUCCAACUCCCUCAUAGAAGCAGGAUCAGUUUUGCCAGUAGGAGGUUACUUUGAAAUCCUGUUACAUUAUUACAUUCAGUACUAUGCAAAACAGUGUCAGCAGUCAGAGGUAGCUGUCGUAUCUAAUGUGGUUGCUGAUGCUUUGCUAAGUAUCCCCAAGGCCUUGUACAGGACAACAGAACGAGACAGCUUUACCAAAUUCUAUCUCAAAGCCAUUAAUUCACUCCAAAAAAAUCAGCCACUGCCAGGGAACAAGGAAGGCUUAGAGUCAGUGUAUUGCAAAUACCAGUUAGUCGUUUCAGUUCUUCAUUGUGUUACAGAACUUCUCUCCAUAGACUUAAUAAUUGGUAUUAAGAGGCCAGUGCAAAAAAUUGAGGACCAUGACUCAGAAGAUGACUUUUGAAAUCAUUAAUAAAGAAUGGUUUUGAUUGUG